AUGAGCGCGGCCCUCACCCCAAUCCCCACCGCGGCGCCGACCCCGGCGCCCCUAGACCCACGGGACAUCACCGACCCGGCCCAAAUCACCGCGCAGCUCGCCCUCCUCACGCGGCGCGAAGCCGACCUAACACUCGCGCUCAACGCCCUCAUCUCGGACCGCGCCCAGGUCGACGGCGCGCUCGUGCACCUGCGCGGCCUGACGCACAAUGUCGAGGUCUUGUCUGCCGAAGUGGACGGCGUGGCACUGGGCAACCAGGCGCCGGCAGGCGUCAUGUCCCCGUCGCCUGCUCCGCGCGUCACUUCCCCCAUCCGCCGCGGCUCGCCCUAUAUUGGCGGCGUCGGCUCGCCCUCGCCCGGUGGACCAUUGCCAGCCAUGACAACGCGCGGGCUUGGGCUGCAGAACGUGGACGAGUCGCAGCUGGCCGACGACGCCGAGGGCCUCGUACAGCGCGUGAACCGCGUGUGGGAGACCAGCGAGCGCGUAGGCGGCAAAGUGCGCAAGCUCGACGACGAGAUUGGCCGUGUGCGCGAGGCAGCCGAUGUCGUCACCGAGGUGCUGGAACUCAAGAAUUCGCUGCAGACGCUGAGCGCGGCGAUUGAAAAGGCAGACUGGGAAGGAGCGUCGCGUGCGUGCCGCAGGGCAAUGAGCGUGCGCGGAGUGGUGACCGAUGGCGGUUUUGCUGGUGCCGUCGUGCCCACACCCCAGUCCCCGUUGCCCCCACCGCAACAGCUCGACGAGCUCCGCACCGUCCUCCUCCAGACCUUUCGUCGCGAGUUUGACGCCGCAGCCGAGCGUAAAGACGAACAAGAGGUCAGCCGGUAUUUCCGCCUGUGGCCCGGUAUCGGCGCCGAGGACGAGGGGCUGGAAGCGUACGGCGACUUUGUGGUCGGCCUGGUCAAGACGCGCAGCGCGGCGGCAGGAAAGCCGUCCUCGUCGCUGUACUACAUUACGCACCUCACCUCGCUGCUCGAAUCCAUCGCGCACAUCAUCGACCAGCACCAGCCUGUGGUGGACAAGUACUAUGGCAAGGGACGCAUGCGUACUGUUGUCGGCCGCCUGGUAGGCGAGAGCGACCGCGUGAUCCGCAACCUCGUCGAGGGCUGGGAGGAGGAACGUCGCGUCGGCCGCCUCAUAUCCGAAACCAAGGCAUCGCGGUUCGCGCUCUUGUCCAACCCAGCUCUCCUCCCACCACUCUUUGCGUCGCUCACAAACCCGCAAGCGACCCAGCUGUCCCUGUCUUCUUUGGCCAACACGACGUCCAACCUGUCGUCGGCGCUCCAAUCGUACGCUCCCGGCGGCCGCAAGGCACCCUCGACGCCCGUCCCCGUGCCCGUGGUGGAAGAGGAUCCGGGACCGGACCCGCGUGAUGUCGACCGCGUUCUCGGCGAGCUCGUGGCGCUCGGAGGUCGCUGGGCCCUGUUCCGCCGCUUCGUGUACAGCCGCUUGGCGGAUGAUGACGAGGAGGACGACGAGGCCGAGCCCGUGGCCAGUGCUGGCGACAUUGACGUGAUUGAAAACUCGGGUUCCCAGCGCGCCAUCGAAAACCUGCUCAAGGUCUACUACGAGCCCCUCGAGCUGUGGUACCUGCGCAGCAGUGUGGAAAAGGCCCACCGCCUCGACUCGCCCGACAUGACCUCCAAGCCGCACGUGAGCAGUAUCCUCGACGACACAUUCUACUUGAUCAAAGUGGUGCUCAACCGCGUGCUCUCAAGUGGCAGCCUGCCGGCGCUCAGGAGUAUGCGCGAGAGGAUUGCCACGGUGCUCGAGAGGGACUAUUCGACUGUCCUUGGCAAGAAAAUGGACAGUGUGUUCGCCCUCACGGCCACGUACGACCGCGCAGAGAAGGAGAGGAGGGAAAAGGAUCAGAAAAAGACGUUUAUUAUCUUUAUCAACGACCUGGACGUCUCGGCCGACUAUACCGACCGGCUGCUGAACGAGACCCGCGCCGUCCUGCCUCAAGUCUACCUCGAGUCGGAGCGCGCUGCCGUUCUGGACGAGCUCGACCUGCUGGCAGACCUCGUGUCCCAGUUCCGCUCCGGCGCGCGCCAGGGUCUCGAGCAGCUCUUCAACCAGCUCACGCGCCAUCGUCUCCGGCCGCUUUUAGACGACUGUUACCGCGACGUGUCCUAUGUCCUCGACGAGGACUCGUUUGCCGAUGCCGAAGAGCAGGAUCUGGUCCGGCGCCGCUUUGUGCGCAGCUGGGAAGGCGUGGUGGACGGGUACAGGGACGCGUUCACCGACCACAACUAUCAGGCAUUCUUCAACAUGACUGUCGAGAUGCUCGUCCGGCCGUGGGAGAAGAUGGUCAUGGGCAUGCAGUUUACAGAGCUCGGUGCCAUCCGGUACGAACGCGACAUCCGCGCCGUGGCCAACUACCUCUCCACCCAGGCUUCGUACGGCGGUGCGCGUGACAAGUUUACCCGCCUGCAGCAGAUUGCCACGGUGCUCAACUUGGACGCGGACGAGGACCCAGAAGAGUUUUUCGCAAACUCGGGCAUUCCCUGGCGGUUGAGUCGUAACGAGUACAACACUGUCGUGGGCUUGCGUCACUAG